AUGGUCAUGACUACAGCCGCCUUCCACGAGGAGAAGAACAUCAAGUCUUCUAGAAAAAUACCUUCAAUUCCUCAAGAAAUAAUUUUUGAUAUAUUCUCAUGGCUUCCUGUCGAGUCCUUGAUGCGUUUUAAAUGUAUCUCCAAAUCUUUUAACUCCCUUGUAUCUAAAUCAUAUUUCGUGGAUAUUCAUCAAUGUCACUCUAGGACUCGAACCAAAUUUCUUUUGCACGAAUGGGAUCUUGUUGCCGAAAGGAACUUCUAUUACACUAUUGAGCAAAAUGAAGAUGGAAAAGCCUCUCGUCUUCGUAUUGAGGAUUAUUUGGAUGGACUCAACAAUUUUGAUAUGAAGCGGGACCCUGUGGAGUGUGUAAAUGGUUUGUUCUUAUUCUGGCGCAUGGGUAGGCACCCUGCUGUGAUUUGCAAUCCCAAUACUAGAGAAGUAAGAUUUCUUCCCGGAAAUCCCUAUACAUACGAUCCUGGUGAGUGUCUUUAUUUAUUAGGUUUUGAACCAGAAGAAAAGGUUUAUAAAGUUCUUUUCUUAAAAUAUGUUGUAGUUCAGGGACACCUAAGAAGCUGGGUCUUCAGUUUGGGCAUAGAGGAAUCAUGGAAGGAAAUUGAAAGCAUUCCUUAUUUUUAUUGUCAAGGGAGAAAUGUUUGCAUUAAUGGAGUUAUUUAUCAAUUGACUUGUUCUUUCCGAGAGACAAAUAUAGUUGCAUUUGAUAUGAAAACUGAAAGUUUCAGAACUAUUGACUUGUGGAAAGUAAAACCUCAAUACAGAUGUUAUUGUGACCUAAUUGAAGUGAAGGAAAAAUUGGCAGUACUUGAAGAUACAUUGAUUAAUGGAGAAACUAAUUUGUGGAUCUUGGGAAAUGGUCAACAUGAAGGAUGGGAGAGGCAUGUCAUCAUUGGAUUUCCCAUGGAGAGCCCUAUAAAUCAUCAUUUUUUGUUCCAGACGUAUGGUGGGAAGAUUAUAUUUGUUGCUAGAAAGAAGUGUGAUGAAUUUAUUUAUUUAUGUUAUGAUGUCACAAGAAAAAGUUUGAGAGAACACAAAAUCAAUGGAUUUUGUGAAAAGGGUUUGAUUCAAGGGUCUUCUAUGUCAUCGUUCGCAUUCAGUAUUGUUAAUCCUGAUCUUGUUGUUGCUUUGGAUACAGCUACACAUAAUUGUCCAUGGGUGAAUACCAAUUUCGGAAGAUACAGUCCGACUUGGUUAAGAGAUUGUCCUUGA